UUCAAUAAAUUAAAUAUAAAUUUAAAAAUAUUUAAUAUUUGACAGUGUAUAAAGAAUUUUAAUUAUUUCUGAAAACUUUUAAUUUGCAACAUUAAUUACCGAUCAUAUAUUUAUGUCAAAAAUAUUAUUUUUAAAUAAUGGCAUAUCCAAAAUCAGUUUGGUUUAUUAUCUGCACCGAGUUUUGUGAACGAUUUUCCUACUAUGGACUCCGGACUGUUUUAGUCUUAUAUCUUACAUCAAUAUUGCAAUAUGACGAAGACGAAUCUACUAUUAUUUAUCACUUAAUAGUUUUCUUGGCCUAUUUUUCGCCAAUAUUUGGAGCUAUUAUAUCCGAUUCUUACCUAGGAAAAUUCAAAACAAUUUUGUAUCUGUCAGUAGUUUACGCGAUUGGAAAUUUGGUUGUGACCGGAGCAUCCUUGGCUGUAUCGUUUAGCUUAAGUAAUCAAAGAUUCUUGGCAUUACUGGGAUUAGUUUUAAUCGCAAUUGGUACAGGUGGUAUAAAACCAUGCGUUUCCUCAUUUGGCGGUGAUCAAUUUGAUCUUCCUGCACAAGAAGUAUAUCUACAAAAAUUCUUUUCCAUAUUUUAUUUUUCUAUCAAUGCUGGUUCUCUUAUUUCAACAUCCAUAACUCCAGAGUUAAGAAAAGACGUCCAAUGUUUUGGUCGGAACACUUGUUUCCCAUUGGCUUUUGGGGUACCUGCUUUAUUAAUGAUAAUCGCAAUAUUUGUUUUCGUAUGUGGCAAAUUUAUGUAUAGAAUCAAGAAACCAGAUUCUAAUGUCAUUGUAACAUCAUUUGCAUGUAUUUAUAAUGCAUUAAAAAAUAGAUUAUUAUUAACUACAUCAAAUACAACGAAAGACCAUUGGUUACAAUACGCAGAUGACAAAUUUUCAACAAAAGAAAUUUCAGAUGUACGUGCUGCUCUUGAUGUGAUGUAUUUAUUUAUUCCAUUUCCAUUCUUCUGGGCUUUAUUUGAUCAACAAGGUUCUCGUUGGACAUUACAAGCCACUUUGAUGAAUGGUAGAAUUGAUUUUCUCAACUGGACCAUGAAACCUGAUCAAAUGCAAGUACUGAAUCCUCUAUUAGUUUUGUUAUUUAUUCCAAUUUUUGAAACAGUAGUUUAUCCAGCACUAGCCAAAAUUGGUAUUCGAAAACCAUUGCAAAAAAUUGCAUUGGGUGGAUUUAUAGCAGCCUUGGCAUUUGUUCUAUCGGCUUUUGUACAAAACAAAAUUAUUUGUGAGGAGAUCCAAAUACCAAAGGGUGAAGGACAACUUAGAGUAUUUAAUGGUUUUGAUUGUAAUGUGACUGUUAAGUCUACUAUCUUAUCGGUACAUAACUUGAAUUCAAUGGAAACAUUAGAUAUAAGAUAUACUCCAGUUUUUAAUGAAAUUGCAUUUCCCAUUGAUUUUAUUUUGGACCCUUCGUGUUUGUCAAACUUACCAAUAAAUAAUUUGACGAGUAAUGUUUAUAUUACAGAAGGAAAAACAACUUCCUAUUUUUUAACUCGCAAUAAAGAUAAACUUGAUUUAAGAAGAAUUGGUACUGUGGAUAGUUUCAGUAAACCUAAAAAUGGAAAUUCAAUUUUAAGGUUAAUAACCAGCGAUGAUUUAAUUAACAGUGUUAUUACACUCAAAGAUAAAGAAAGCAGUAAUGCGACGAUUGAAAUUAAUUUAAAUUCAUUGUCAACAGUUAUUGCAAUACCCAUAAGAAAAUAUAGUAUUUUCUUACAAAAAGAAUUUCUUCUAGAUUUCAAUUUUUUACCGGCUAGUGUAAACACACUAAUAUUACAACGGAAUUCUGGACAUACGAAUUCAAAAUUGGAAGUAUUAGAGGAAGGAAGUUUUAUUAGUUUAGCAUGGCAAUUACCUCAAAUUAUUGCAAUGACUACUGCAGAAGUUAUGUUCUCGAUUACAUCUUUAGAAUUUGCAUUUACUCAAGCACCUUCGAGUAUGAAGUCUUUAUUGGCAGCUGUUAAUUUACUGACUGUAGCAUUUGGAAAUCUUAUAGUUGUGUUCGUUUCCGAAGUACGAUUUUUCGAGAAUCAAGCAUAUGAAUAUUUACUUUUUGCUGGUCUGAUGGUAAUUGAUAUGAUCAUAUUUAUUUUAAUGAGUUUUAAGUAUAAAUAUAAAAAUAUCAAUGAUACUGACCUAACUCUUUCAUACAAUGAAGAAAACAAACAUAACUAAAGUAAUGAAUUUGUGUAUUUGAUAAUCUGAUGUGAUGAACUUACAUUUAUUUUAAAUUAAUUUUUUUUGUCUAUAAUAAUG